AUGGAAAUUAUCGUUUACUUAAUUCUUGCUUCAGUGUCUCUGGGCCCUCUUUCGGUAUCCAGCCAACGCUCAUGUCGAAUGGACGAUGGUCGUUUGUUGGGCCCUGACGAGGAAAUCGACCUGGGGUCCCUCCCGUGUGUUAGAUGCAAAUGUGAUGGAGCAACCGGCAGCGUGACCUGCGCUCCUCCACAGUGUCCAGAGCUAUUUUGCGGGGCCGACGAAGGACAACUGGUUGAACCAGGCGCUUGCUGCCCCACGUGUGUUCGUGAGUUUUCAAGCCUUCAUAUGCACACAGACACCUAG